GCUCCUGCCAAUCUCUGAGAAGGGGAAUGACACUGGAGAAGCAGAGAGGAAUGACCACAGAGGUAGAGGGGUGAGCAGACUGGCCCAUGGCUGAAGCCUCGCUCCCAGAGCCAAGGGAAGACUUGGAAGCCACUCCUUGUCCCAGUGUCCUGCAGCUAGAGGAGCUCUUGAGAGCGGGGAAGGCCUCUUGCAGCCGAGUAAAUGAAGUUUGGCCCAAUCUUUUCAUAGGAGAUGCGGCCACUGCAAACAACCGCUUUGAGCUGUGGAAGUUGGGUAUCACCCAUGUGCUGAAUGCUGCCCAUGGGGGCCUCUAUUGUCAGGGGGGCCCCGACUUCUAUGGCAGCAGUGUGAGUUACCUGGGGGUGCCAGCUCACGACCUCCCUGACUUCGACAUCAGCACCUACUUCUCCUCUGCAGCUGACUUCAUCCACCGUGCCCUCAACACACCUGGGGCCAAGGUCCUGGUGCACUGUGUAGUAGGCGUGAGCCGCUCUGCCACCCUGGUUCUGGCCUACCUCAUGCUGUAUCAGCAGCUGUCCCUGCGCCAGGCAGUGGUCACUGUGAGGGAGCACCGAUGGAUCUUCCCCAACCGUGGCUUUCUCCGACAGCUCUGCCAGCUGGACCAGCAACUGCGGGCCACAGGCCGGAGCUGAGGGGCCAGAGACAGCCCUUAUUCCUGGCCAUAGGGCUCUGCCACUCUGCCGCCCUGGGACUGGCCCUG